GUACGCCUGUGCAGAAGGCUUUACGGAAGUUGAUGUACAUUAAUGGCGACACGCAGAAGAAUUUGAUUCGUCUAUGAAUUUACACCAAUAAUUAUCUCGUAAGAAAAUAUAAUAGAUCUGGAUCUUAUUAAUCUCCAGAAUGUCUGCUAAAGAAUUAUUUGAGAGGAUUCGUCAAUUUGACGCUUAUCCAAAAACAUUAGAAGAUUUUAGAGUGAAAACCUUUGGUGGAGCUGCAGUGACUAUUAUUAGUGGCUUAAUUAUGGUAAUACUGUUUGUAUCUGAGAUGAAUUAUUAUUUAACAAAAGAAAUCCAUCCAGAAUUAUUUGUUGACACCACACGUGGUCAGAAGUUAAAAAUAAACAUAGACGCAACAUUUCCUAAAAUGCCAUGUGCUUAUUUAAGUAUAGAUGCUAUGGAUGUAUCAGGAGAACAACAGAUUGAUGUUGAUCAUCAUUUGUUAAAACAAAGAAUAGAUAAUAAUGGUGUAGCAAUUUCAGAAACGCCAGAAAAACCAGAUUUAGGAGAUCCAUCCCAAAAACUUGUUGAGGUAGUAACUAAACCUUUAGAUCCAGCUAGAUGUGAAAGUUGUUAUGGGGCUGAAACAGAAGAAUUAAAAUGCUGUAAUACAUGUGAAAAUGUACGAGAAGCAUAUAGAAAGAAAGGUUGGGCAUUUAAUAAUCCAGAAUCUAUAGAACAAUGUAAUCGUGAAGGUUGGACCGAGAAGAUGAAGGCACAAAAAGAUGAAGGCUGUAAAGUUUAUGGUUAUUUAGAAGUAAAUAAGGUUGCUGGCAAUUUUCAUUUUGCUCCUGGAAAAAGCUUUCAACAACAUCAUGUUCAUGUUCAUGAUUUACAAGCUUUUGGUGGACAAAAAUUUAAUUUAUCCCAUCGUAUAAAUCAUUUAUCAUUUGGUCAAGAUUAUCCAGGCAUAGUUAAUCCUCUAGAUGGUCUCAAGCUUGAUGCAGAACAAGCCCAAAUGAUGUAUCAGUAUUUUAUAAAAAUAGUCCCAACAACAUAUACAGAUUUAAAAGGAAUGACAGUAUAUACCAAUCAGUUUUCAGUAACAAAACAUUCUAAAAUUAUAUCAAGUGGUAUGGGAGAGAGUGGUCUCCCUGGAAUAUUUUUUAUGUAUGAGCUAUCUCCUAUGAUGGUAAAAUAUACUGAAAAACAAAGAUCUUUUAUGCAUUUUUUAACGGGUGUUUGUGCAAUAAUAGGAGGUGUUUUUACAGUUGCUGGUUUAAUAGAUUCAAUGAUAUAUCAUUCAGCUCGAGCUAUACAAAAAAAGAUAGAUCUAGGCAAAGCAUCAUAAUUCUUUCUCACCACAACCACCAUCGUUUUCAUAUUUUUAUUCCAUUUUUAAAUGUUAAUUAUUUUAAUUAUCUGUUGUUACUUCAUGCUUUAAUAAAAAAAAACACUUUAAUCAUAAUAAAUCUUUUAAUUUAAAUAUA